AGAAGGAUGAAUACAUGAAUUGCAUAUGUUACUUGCCUCUUUCAGCCCCAUCGGUAAUCCUCUGCCUCUCUGCCGCACCUGAAUUCUGCACGGCCUCCAUGCUCGGCAGCCGAUUGCCGGUAUUGACAAAUGCCAAUACUAGCACACUGCACCGGAUGCAUGAGAUUAAUCCCGCGGACCGUGCUGCGAGCAGGACACCGCAGUCAACAUACUAACUAUGUAGGUUAGGGGACGUGUUGUCUUAAAUUAUC